AUGCUUUUGCACAUCGUACUGAGCGCUGUUACUUGUUACUGUGUCUAUUGGGAUCCCCCAGCGGUGAAGGUCCUUCUUAGUCAGACCGCGGAAUCGCAACUAGCAAAGUGUAAGACCGUCGACCCUGAGAACAACUACCGUCCUGAGAACAACUACCGUCCUCCCCCCUUUGACUAUAACAAUUGUGCAUUGAUAGUGGCUGCAAAGUACAAUGUCCACAUCUCCAGCGAACCGAGCUUCCUAGAAAGCCACUGGGAUACAGACCGACUGGCAACCACAUUGGAGUCUAUUGUGUUCCCCGUUCGAGAGGACUACAGCGGCUUUGACGCCCAGGGCGGCGGCUUCAUGCAGCUAGCUUCGGCCGACGAAGAAGAAGAGGAGGAACCCCUAACCUUCGAACUGGACGCCACGACCAUCGCGAAAAUCUUCGACGAAAGCCUGCAAGCGGCCGUGGCACCACUGCUACGAUACGCAGCCCUAUCCAACGUCGAACCAGGACCUUCCUUCGCGGAAAUACAACAGCCGAAUUCGACACGUUUGAACAUUGCGUUGAAUUCGUUGGGGUUGUCGAUUGAGCUACGAACGGUGGGUGAGAAUCGUGGUGUGAUUUUAAAGUUGGCGGAAUCGUUGGAUCGUUUUUUGGCUGAGGAGCGGGACCCUGCGAAUCUGGAUGCGUUGUACGCCUUUAUGGAGGUGCAGGCAGAUGUGUUGCCAUUGUUCCAUGAUUCAUUACCGCAUAUCCACUUAUUGUCGCAGCGUGCGUUGGCGGCCUUACGAGAAAUCCAACCGAGUCGUGUGAAUCCUGUGACCAUCGUGCCGGCAAUGUUGGAGUUAGUUACGGCAGCGGUAUCAGUGCAGACGACUGUUGAGCGGAUGUUACCAUUGACAUCCUUAUGGGUUCGGGAGGGUGCGCAGGCGUUGGAAAUAAUGGGUGGUGCUAUGGACUCAGGACAACAGGUGUUCCGGUCGUUGUCCGAGUCUUGCGAUGCACUGGGGGAUAUGGAUCCAUUUUACAAAGGCACGAUGGACUCUUUACGUCACAUUGUUGAGAACAUCCAAACGCUAGCACCAGAUUUCACCGCGCUGUUAGAUACGUAUCUUGCCGCAUUUCCGGCGCUAGAUGAGUUGGGUCGUGUUGUCUUUGACUUGGGUGAGGACAUGGCCGGUAGUUUGCGUAAGGCUCUUGACAGCUUUGAACGUGAAGGCCCCAUUCUGAUUGACUUUUACGACAAUACGGAGGACUUUAUUCCAUUGCUUUUCUCACAUUUUAUUCGAGUCCUACGCCAAGGGGGGAUUGCAUCACGCACUCCCCUCAUCCGAACCGCCGUCCCGACAAUUCGACAACUCGUGCGCGAUACACGCUCAUUCACCAGCACACACGAACGAGAUCUCAACAACCUCCUAGACAACUUUAUCACCUUCGCCGCCCGCCUUCCCAGACAACUGGCUGCCACCCGCGCCACAGCUGACCUCGUCUUACAUGCAGCCGUCGCCGCUGCUCAGGCCCGAGCUGUUCUUCUGCCCAACACCGUCCGUCUCCUAGACACCAUGGGCAACGUCCUCGACCAACUCGGACGAAACGGCGGCCUGGCGGCCGUCUUGCCAGCCGUCAGAGUCGCACUAGACGCCGUCAUACAAACCCUACCCGGCGUCUCCGCCUCUCUCCCUCUUCUCGCACCUAUUCUACGCAGUUCUCAGGAACUUACCGCCGCACUCCUCCCCACUAUCAAAGUACUCAGAGACCAGUCAGCCAUCAGCAACCCGCUACCCAUCAACCUCAAACAGAGCACACAGAUGCUUCUUGACUUCUCCGAAGCAUUACCUGUCGCUAUACACGGCGGCGAACCCCCUGACUUUUAUGAGUAA